CAAGCGCGCAGCCCGUCCCGGCUCUGGAGCAUAAACAAGAGUGGGGACGGGAUGAGGCGGCGGUUGGUCCCCGCGCAGCGAGAGGAGGCGAGCGGGGCUGCGAGCCGGACCGGCCGCAGAUCCUGAGUGUAACGCGCCCCCAGCGGGCUGCCCGAGUUGCGCUGCGCGUGCUCCCGCGAAGAGGGUCCGAGCCCGUCGCGCGCGCGCGCGCAGCCAUGAACCUGGCGAGCCAGAGCGGAGAGGCCGGCGCCGGCCAGCUGCUGUUCGCCAACUUCAACCAGGAUAACACGUCCCUAGCUGUUGGUAGUAAGACCGGGUAUAAGUUUUUCUCCCUUUCUUCUGUGGAUAAGCUGGAACAGAUCUAUGAAUGCACUGACACCGAAGAUGUCUGCAUUGUGGAGAGAUUGUUCUCAAGCAGCUUGGUGGCCAUUGUCAGCCUCAAAGCUCCCAGGAAGCUGAAGGUUUGCCACUUUAAGAAGGGAACAGAGAUAUGCAACUACAGCUACUCCAACACAAUACUGGCUGUGAAGCUGAACAGGCAGAGGCUCAUCGUGUGUCUGGAAGAGUCGCUCUAUAUACACAACAUCCGGGACAUGAAGGUACUACAUACCAUCCGAGAGACACCCCCAAACCCUGCAGGCUUGUGUGCGCUGUCAAUCAACAAUGACAACUGCUACUUGGCAUAUCCAGGGAGCGCAACCAUUGGAGAGGUGCAGGUCUUCGACACCAUUAACCUGAGAGCUGCAAACAUGAUCCCAGCUCAUGACAGUCCCUUAGCAGCCCUGGCGUUUGAUGCAAGUGGGACCAAGCUUGCCACUGCUUCUGAGAAGGGGACGGUGAUUCGGGUGUUUUCUAUUCCAGAGGGACAGAAGCUAUUUGAGUUCCGGAGAGGAGUGAAGAGGUGUGUGAGCAUCUGCUCCCUGGCCUUCAGCAUGGAUGGCAUGUUCCUCUCCUCGUCCAGCAACACUGAAACUGUGCACAUCUUCAAACUUGAGGCCGUGAGGGAAAAACCUCCAGAAGAGCCCACCACCUGGACUGGCUACUUUGGGAAGGUGCUUAUGGCAUCUACCAGCUACCUGCCCUCACAAGUGACAGAAAUGUUCAGCCAGGGCAGGGCCUUUGCAACCGUCCGGCUGCCUUUCUGUGGCCACAAAAACAUCUGCUCAAUCGCCACGAUUCAGAAGAUCCCACGACUGCUGGUGGGAGCAUCAGAUGGCUAUUUGUACAUGUACAAUCUGGACCCCCAGGAAGGCGGCGAGUGUGCCCUGAUGCGUCAGCACAGGCUUGACGGCAGUAUGGAGACGACUAGUGAAAUUGUAGACUCUGCUUCUCAUGACUGCCCCUUAGCAACACAGGCGUAUGGCACAGCAGCUGCCAAAGGUGCCUAUGCACCCUCGUCCCCAACAAGACUUGGUAAGGGGCAGGACGCCAACUUAGAAGCCUACACAGAUGACCUGGGUGCCGUAGGUGGCGCAUGCCUUGAGGAUGAAGCCAGUGCCCUGCGCCUGGAUGAAGACAGUGAACAUCCUCCCAUGAUUCUCCGGACUGACUGAUCCUGACCUGUGAACUCUGGCCCAGGAGCAGACAACACUGGCCUGGCAGAGGACUCGUGCAUUGCUGCUAUGAACUUUGACCUGAAUUGAAGGAGAGGAUGGCAGAGACUUUAAAGCAAAGAGAUUGUAGUUAUAGUCUAUCCAUACUGUUGAGAAAAUAUACUGUUUUCACUUCAGUGACUUUAAUCCUGCUUAUGAAUUUUAGCUUUUUAUUUUCUCUCACCCUUUAUUUUUUUUUAAUUUUUUUUUUUUUUUUUUCUUUUUGCCAAAAUUAACUGGUGAAAUCUGUGGAGUCUCCUUGCUUUGCAUGUGUGAUGUGCCAAGCCAGUAUAGGAGAUCAAGUGGAGUGUCCACUCCAUAGUGAACCACAGUUGUCAGGUCUCAUGCCAGGGCACGCAUGAAGAGUGUUGUGCGUGCAGUGAUUCUGCAGGGACAAGGCCCCUGUCAGGAGUCCUCUUGCCCCACUGCCUCAUCUGGACCAUUUUCCCUCUGAUUUAUUAAACUUUCCAGAUUGGAUCAUUCUGGGACUAACUUCCGCCGUGGGGGACCAUUGUUUUGGGUCUUAUUCUCCAUGGAGAUCUUGAGAGGGAAAGAGGCAGUUUCUGCUCUCUAUGCCUUCUCUUCUGGCAGAUGAACUUAGCCGUGUGCCAGGGGCAGCCUGGAGCCAAGGAAAGUGAUUUCAUCUGUGACAUUAAGUGCUCUGUCCCCUAUCAUCCCCACCCGAUAACUGUGACUUGGUGUUUUCUGUUUUUGUUUUUAAAGGAGAGUCUGUAUCUACUGCUAUCCCCCCAAAAGCACAAUGUGUAAGAUGCUGCGUCAGGAGUCAGUCCCUGCUGACCUGGAGCUGUACUGUCUGCCAGAGGCUUUCCUCCCUUUUCCAGAGGUAGCACCAACAGGUAGAGAGGCCCCAGGAAGGUGGCAGUAGACCUC